AUGCCCAGUUCAUGUCAGGAUAUCCGAGAGGCGCUGGCCCAAUGCCUGCAAGAGUCGGACUGUAUCAUGGUCCAGCGACACACACCGCGUGAAUGUCUCACAUCUCCGCUUGCCGAACAAUUACCGAUGAAGUGUCAGCAGUUGCGCAAAGGGUUUGCCGAGUGCAAACGCGGUAUGGUCGACAUGCGAAAGCGAUUCCGCGGAAACCACCCCGUUUCAAUCAAGAAGGAAAUGGACGAGCAAAAGUCAGAGUCGUCAGGACAACUGUAUGCUGGACGCCCAGCAUACACGACUGUCAAGGAGCUGAGCGGUGACGAAGUCCAGAUGGAUCCUGAGAAGACUCGUGGACUGUAA